AUGCAAAAUAGUAAGCAAUUCAUGGCAAAAUCUCCUAAUAAGAAGAAACAAGUCUCUGCUCAAUACCUCGAAGCCGACAAAAGAUGGACGGAGGGUUUGAUACUAGCUCAAAGCCCCUUCUGGGUCACCGCCGUGGCGUUUGUGAUGUUGAGCGGCAUAAUUAACAGCUGGAACGACGUUGAUUAUAUGCUCUUCUCUAUCACCGCUGCCUUGCCCUCGAUACUUCUUCCAGCACUCUUAUCGAAGCCCGGUGGUCGUCCAUGGUACCGCAGAUACUGGGUGAAGCUCAACCUAUGGGUAUCAAUCAUAGUCUUCCUGGGAACAUACUUAAUCUCGCACUACUUCUUCGAUCUUAUGGGCAUGCGAUACAUGUUCAACAACAGAAUAAAUUUCAGUUCUGCUGUUGCUGGUCGAACGGGCGGUGAAGUUCCUCUGUUCUUGUAUCCGCUUACGCAUGCAUACUUUAUGAGUUACUUCACUUGCUUGUUGGUUGUAGAGCGUAAGAUUAUUCGUCGAUUACAACCUGGACGUAUUGGGCGAAUCUUUGUGGUGCUGGCUCUCUCAUACGUCGUUGCGUUCGGCGAAACAUUCUUCAUGGCAAGCCCUCUUCUCUCCGAAGUAUUUCUCUAUGACAAGAGAGAUCGUAUGAUGAAAGUAGGAACUUUUGGAUACAUGAUAUUCUUUGUCACUGGCUUGCCUAUGCUCGGACGCGUCGAUAGCCGUGGCGAAGAUUGGCCUCUCAGCAGAGUAGUCACGGAAGCUCUGGCUGCAUUCACGUGUAUACUGCUGUUUUUUGAGCUUUGGGCAAAGAUAAUUGGGCCUCUUUGAUGGUGUUUUCAUUAGCUGAGAUGUUGACAAACUGAAAUCCGGGGCAAUAUGGGGAUGCGGG